UGCCAUUAUGGGAUGUGUAGAUUACCCUAAGCCUUUGAAUACCGUUAAGCAGUUCAUUUUACGUAUUAUAACUGGAUUACCUGGUAGACAAUGUUAUUACUACUUGUUGUCUAUUGUUGCAUUGGUUUGAGCAUAUGUGAGGAUGAUUUUGGCGGUAGCAUAGCCGCUAUUGGUCCGGAUACUUUGGGUUUCUUUGGCAGGUACAAAUCCGCGCUUACCAAUGCUAGACUCAACUAUCGAGAUGGAUUUAAUGUUACAGAUUAUAUUUCUUUAAAGGGUUUAAUCCAUGGUAUAGAGCGGGACAUGCUUGUAAGGUAUAAGGAAGUAAAUGCCACGUUAUUUUCAACUUCUCGUUUUUAUUACAAUUACAGGCAUGUGGGCAACGUAGCUGCUGUAGAGGCUACUAUUCAACAAUAUGGUUUAGUUCCUCGUAAACAAAGCAUUUCUUUGAUACCUGAAACGUGCUUAUGUCACCCAACCAAUGCUCAUCCCGGUCGUAUCUAUGUUGACAAGAGUGUUGAUAUGACGGACUAUAAGAACGACAUUAGGUAUGACAAGGGUAAUAUGUUUCUGGAGGACAUGUACAUUGCCUAUCGUUCUAUGGCCGUUAGACUCCACAAUUUACGUUACGUUAUGAGUCAUCGUUUCCCCAAAAAAUACCCUAUAAGCUCUCGUGUAUCUGUGAAAUACCGUGUGGACAUUGAAUCCGUGGAUAAGCAAUAUGACUUACCAAGUCACUUUGUCUAUAUGACUGGUCAUGGAGGCGAUCGUUAUUUUCAAUUUCAGGCGAAGGACGUAAUUGCGGCUAGUGACAUUGAGAUGUACGUGAAAGAGUUUAUAGUUAAGCAUCCCAAUGUUCAUUCGUUUUUGGUCACUGACACUUGUGAAGCGUCUACGUUGUUUGAGCGUUUACCUAAAGAGUCGCCUAUGAUAUGGAUGGCAUCCUCUAGCAGGGGUGUAAGCAGCUACAGUUACAAUUCCAAUCGUCAGCUAACUGUAUCAACUGUAGGGAAGUUUACUUAUUACGUCACUGGUUUUAUAAAAGGCGUAAUACGUGGCAUAAAGGCACGGGGUGAUCGUGCAUCUAUAUCUCGACUUUCAUUGUUUCAACUUAAACGCCAUAUGAUGAGACAUUGUCCUGAGGAACUUCCUGUUUUUCAUGCUAAUUCCAGUAUUGUGGAGAAUCAGCAAAGCAUCAUUGACCAAUCCCAUGGAAAUGACAUACAGGAAUACACGAUAGACCUUCGCAAAGUGUAUCUUGGAGAGUUUCUAUUCAACUAUCGCUUGGCCUAUUUCAAUGAUUACCGAUGGCCUCUUUAUACACAAACGAAUGGAGCACGUGGCGAAGGCUUACAGCCAAAUAGGGGAAACUCCAUGGAUCACGGAUCGAAGUUAACUAAUUUUGUGGACAGCUCAAUUCUGCGUACCAAAAUGGGCGACAGUGGUCUGUUGGUCACGAGUGUACAAGAAGGUUCUAGGGUGAUAACAGGUAUCCUUGUUUCAAUUUGCAUUGGAGCAAUUAUGUUAGCUGCUGUGUGUGAUCCUCUGACCAUGGGAAAUGUUUUUGUCUCUAACGCUAAUGUGUAACAUAGGUGCACCUAUUUGGU